ACGUUAAAAAUGUAUUUUUGACUUGAAUCUCCAUAAAAUUCUUUCGGUCUCUUCCAAAUUUUUAUUUUUAUUAAAAAUCAUCACAUCUAUUAGUCUCAAUAUUUAAUAAGUGUUAUUUUUCGAUAUGAUAAAAAAUUUUCAUGAAAAUUAAGUAACAUGGCUGACUCUGGUGAAGUUGUCACUAUUUUUGUUGGACAAUCAGGUGUUCAAGUUGGGAACGCUUGCUGGGAAUUGUUCUGUCUCGAACAUGGCAUCACACCCGAUGGAAUGAUGCUAGAAGGUUACCAAUCCAACGACAUAACAUAUCACGCGUUCUUCGCACCCUCCCAAACUGGAAAAAUGUCUCCUCGUACCGUCAUGGUCGACUUAGAACCCACAGUAGUCGACGAAGUUCGUACAGGUGCUUACAAAAGAUUAUUCGAUCCGACGACAUUGAUGAGUGGCAAAGAAGAUGCUGCAAAUAAUUUUGCCAGAGGAUUUUACAGCGUAGGGGCAGAAAUGAUGGAUUUAGUUCUCGAUCGAAUCCGUCGUGUGUGCGAAGCGUGCUCAAAAUUAUCCGGAUUUAUUGUGUUCAGAUCCUUCGGCGGUGGUACCGGAAGUGGCUUCACAACUCUGAUGCUCGAACGAUUGACUGCGGACUACGGCAAAAAAUCGAAAUUAGAUUUCGCCGUUUAUCCGGCUCCUCAUAUUUCCACCUCGGUCGUCGAACCUUACAAUUCCGUUUUGACUACCCACGGAACCCUCGAUUUCGAGGAUUGUUGUUUUAUUGUUGACAACGAGGCGCUCUACGAUACUUGCACGAGGAAUUUGGGAGUGGAGAGCCCAACAUACACCAAUUUGAACCGACUACAAGCCCAAGUAAUCUCGAAUAUCACAGCCUCGUUACGUUUCGAGGGAGCUGUCAAUGUCAGUCUUGAAGAAUUUCAGACGAACCUCGUCCCAUACCCUAGAAUUCAUUUUCCUCUUGUCACUUACGCGCCUGUAAUCUCCGCUGAGAAUGCAAUGAGCUCGCAACUCUCAGUGGCUCAGAUUACGAACGAAUGUUUCGAACCCGCAAAUCAGAUGGUCAAAUGCGAUCCACGCAAAGGCGCGUAUAUGAGUUGCUGCUUGUUAUAUCGCGGUGAUGUAAAUCCCACCGAAGUAAAUAACGCCAUAACAGCAUUGAAAGGCAAACCUUCCAUACGAUUCGUUGAUUGGAGUCCGACCGGUUUCAAGAUUGGCAUAAACUAUCAACCACCAACUACGGUACCGGGGGGUGACCUUGCCAAGGUUAAUCGUUCGGUGGUGAUGCUGAGCAAUAACACAGCGAUAAGAAGCGCGUGGACGAGGCUCGGAAGGAAUUACGAUCUCAUGUUCAAGAAACGAGCUUUUAUGCAUCACUAUAUAGGCGAGGGAAUGGAAGAAGCAGUUUUUAAGGAGGCGCGAGACGACGUGGCGGCUCUCGUGGAAGAUUAUAAAGAGGUUGAGCAUUGAUCCCGCGGCAAUGAGCGCACUGGCAUUCCGAGUGGAAAAAAAUCAAAUAAAUAAAUGAAUCUCCGCAUUGCCGGAAGAAAGCUCAUUAGAAUAUUAACCGAUCUCGACCUCUCGCCUUAUCACAAGUUCAUUCGUGCGUCAUCCGAGGCCCCGUUAUAUCAUCAAUGAGUUUAAAGUCCUUCCUCUUGAAUUCUUUCGUAAUUGAAAAUUCGCUCACAUGAGUUCACACAAACGAAGAUGGAAAUGUACGUCAAAAUCUGGGAAUCAAUAAAUAAUAAUGACUAAUUUCUCACUCGGAAUUUCACAGCACAAAUGUUUUGUAAACAUUCUUUUCGAUUAAUACUCGUGACGAUAGCGAUUGGAGAGCUCGAAUUUCAAAUCGUUUGUGUCAAUUGUGCCUGCAGGACUGCAGUCAUUCAGCGGUGGAAAAUUUUAUUAUAAUUAUGCUACCCCAAUGCUGUUCUUUCGUAAUCGUUUUUCCCUCGAAUAUCAGCCAACUUAAAUUAUUCACAUUUUGUAAUCUCACCAACAAAAUCUCAGGCGAUUAGAAGACAAAUACUUGCAACAAAGGCCAAUUGAAAGAGAAAUAUCGAAAAAUAAUUGGCACCAAUUUUCAGAUUUUAACUGCAAUGGU